AUGUCGGGCAGCUGGUUCAUCCAGCUGGACAGCCACUUCCGUAUCAACAAGGCUCCAGGCUCAGGCGCUGCGUUUCAGGCUCCGGCUGCAACCCUCGGCUCUGACUUCUACGAGGAGAUGCGGGCCGCCGUCCUUGCUCACUGCGAUAUCCGUGGCAGUCGUCAGCACGCUCCGGGCCCAGCACCGAACGUCUGCUCGGUCCGUGAGCCUCCUUCCCAGCUGAAGGGCAGGAAACCAUGCUCACUCGGGGCAACGCUAGCGGUGGGCAAAACUAUUCAUUACCUCAGGAAGAAUAAUCUCUCUUUGCUGACUGCUGAUAAGGAGGGUGGUUUCGUCGUGUUGCCCAAAACGAUGUAUCUUGAAAAGGCUAAGCAGGCUAUUGAAAAGAAUUUUGUUCCCUUGGAAAGAACUGGCAGGAAAGUAAAGGCAGAGGCACUCAAACUGUGUGAACAGAUCAAUUUGACAGGACUACACAAGUCUCUAAAAGCUGCGAAUAUGCCGGGGCUGAACGUAUUUUUUUCUGCAAAAACCCACAAGGAAGGCAUUCCUCUCAGAGCAAUCGUAUCCGAGAAAGAAGCCUGGCAAGGUCUGGUAUCAAAAUACCUACAAAAGCAUCUUAGCAAAAUAGACAUAGAAGAUCCUUUUCGUGUAAGCAACUCAAAGGAUGUGAUUGAAUUUUUGGGUGAGCAAGAUGGUGCUUCACAAGCCAAUUUUGCCUUUUCAGUCGAUAUUGAGGAGCUCUUUUAUUCCAUUCCCCAGCCAGAGUUGUUAGACGCAGUAAAAGAGCGGAUUGAAAACUGGGGGGCUGUCCAUGUCCAAAAUAGUAGCGGGGUUUCCGUAAACGACUUUGUAGCAUUAGUUGAGUGCUACCUCUCUUCCACCUACAUUUGUUUUAACGACAAGUUGUUCGUGCGAAAAGAUGGUAUUUGCAUAGGCUCCUGCAUAGCUCCUAUACUUAGUGAAAUUUUUUUAGGCCAAUUUGACAAGCGCGUGGCAUCGUGCAUAAAACAGGAUAAACAUGUUGUGAGGUGUUUUAGAUAUGUUGAUGAUUUCAUUGUGUUUGUGAAUGUUGAAAAUGACAGCGACAAACCACAGGUUGUAAAAAGUGUUUUAGAAAUUUUCGGUGAUUGUUCUGACAAAUUAAGGUUCACGCAUGAAGUGCCGAUGAACGGAUGUCUCCAAUUCCUCGAGCUGUGUUUGCACUUUGGCACAGGGCACAUCUGCUGGUCGUAUUAGCCUCGCACUAAAAAGGAAAUUCUAGCAUAUAAUUCGGCUCACUCAAAAUUGGUUAAGAGGGGCAUUGCAAAAAAUUGCCUGCGUGGUGCUCUC